GCACCAGACCAGACAUGCACAUGCUUGACCCCUAACUCAGCACACAAUGGGGUCUAUUUCUGUAACUGCUCUAGGGUUAUCACCCCACUUGCACUGACUCUCUCCCUCUAUCUAUUUCUGUCGCAUCGUCUCUUUUCCCAACACUCCAACCUACUUCCACACCAUCAUGGCCGACAGAACCAACCGGUUAGGCGUUCGUAGGAAGGAGAAAGCGCCAGAAACCAAAGCAAAUGAGAAGGAGGACAAGGAAAAGGCCAAAGAGAAGGCUGUAAAAACAACAGACAAGCUCAGCAAAAAGCAAGAGAACGCCCCGGAGCCGCAGAGGACCGACGAGAACAAGACAAACGGUGAAAGCGAAGGGGCAACAGGGGCAGCAGCAAAUAACAGUGAGGAUAAUGGAGAGUUUCAGCCCAUAGAGCUGCCUCCUUUUGAAAUUGUCACUGGGGAGAGGAUGAGCCCGUUCUACUUCAAGUUUCAGUUCAGGAACGUGGAGUAUUCAUCGGGCAGGAACAAAACGCUCCUGUGUUUCAGAGUGGACACAGCGGGUGGCAACGCAGAGCCUCUGAAGGGCUACAUGGAGGACGAACAUGCCACAGCCCACGCUGAGGAGGCCUUCUUCCAGGAGGUUCUCCCAAACUCCUCUAAGGAAUAUGACGUGACAUGGUACGUUUCAUCCAGCCCCUGCGUCGCUUGUGCCGCCAAGUUGGCCAACAUCCUCCAGCAGCGCAAGAAGCUGCGCCUCUCCAUAUUCUGCUCCCGUCUCUUCGAAUGGGAGGAGCCGGAGAUAGUGGAAGGCCUGAAGGCCCUAGCGAGAGCCGGCUGCAAGCUGCGGAUGAUGAAGCCCAUUGACUUCCAGCAUGUUUGGGAAAUGUAUGUGGAACAGGAGGGCGAGAGCUUUACACCGUGGGAGGAUUGCCAGGAGAACUAUGAGUAUUAUGUGGAGAGACUGACCGAUAUCCUGAAGUAGAUGUGAGUUCAACCUGACUGAUGCAGCCUGCUUGUGAAAUCAUCACUUCGUUUUUUUGUUUUUUAUUUCUUCUUUGUUUUUUUGCUGUCACAUUUGACGCUGCGGAUAC